GAUAGUUUUCCCGCAACAAGCAGGUCCGUGUUGGAGAAGCACCGCGGCAAAAAUGCCCAAACGAGGCUACCCCUUUCCCGAGUCAUUCUCGUCACAGUAUAAAAUACACGUUGGGCAACGGGAGCUAACUCAACGCAGCAUGUUUGGGGACAAACAGAGACAAGAAAUCUACGAAAAGACCAAAAACCUGCUCUCCAGCGGUGCCAGGGCUGUUAUGGGUAAAAUUUGCAAUAUGGAUGGAUUGGGGAAGUGCACAGAGCCACAGCCCACACAAGCUGCGAUACCUGUGUGCAGCCAGAGACUGUUGAAGGGGCAGACACUAAUUGGACAUGAUGGCAAACUGAUAAGGGCAACCACUGCGCAAGGAUCAGGUGCUCAAGCAGGUCUUGCAGGCUGCUGUGUAUGCCAAAAGAGCCAACGGAUCAGGACGACAUGCUCCCAAUGUGACCGUCCAGUCUGCCACUGCUGCACCCAGCAGUGCUCCAGCUGCUCCAGCCUCUGCUGCUCUGUCUGCACUAUUAUAGAUUACAGUGGGCGAUAUGAUCAAGUACUGUGUUGUGGUUGCUCGUCAUGAAAGAGGACCACGCGAGGAAGCACCUGAGGAUUAUGCUUGAACAGUUAUUGCCUUUACAUUUUCAGAUGGUUUUACUUCAGCUAUAUUUAAUAUCUGUAUUUUUGUCAUGAUCCUAUUUUUAUCAUGAUCCAUGUUUAUUUGUAUAUAUGUAUGUGUACUACACUUCAAAAAUAAACUUGAAAGCUUUUGUUUAUCCAAUUGAUAUUCAGUGGUGUCUUCACAUAUGAGUGUGUAUGGAUAUCAUAAGUCAUUCAUGGGACACAAUUUGAUUUGUUAUAUAAGCCAACACAGUGAUUGUUGACCAUGCAGUGGUGAUUGGGUUUUUACUCACUUGUAUGCUACUGUACGUCGUUAUUUAAAAUGCAUCCCAGUAGAUG